AUGCGUAUGGCUCAAGAUUUUUCGCUGCGUCUACCGCUUGUUGAUGGGCAGGGUAAUUUCGGCUCAUUAGGUGGUGACGCUGCGGCGGCAAUGAGGUAUACCGAAUCACGUAUGGCAAAAGUAGCCCAUAAACUGAUUGAGGAUAUUGAUAAAGAAACUGUUAGCUUUAACCCAAACUAUGAUGGUUCUGAAGAAGAGCCUUCAGUGCUGCCUUCUAUGUUCCCGAACUUACUAGUAAACGGAAGUGGUAGUAUUGCGGUUGGUAUGGCAACUAUUAUUCCGCCUCAUAAUCUUGGCGAAGUUAUCGAUGCUUGUUGUUUAUAUGUAGAUAGUAAUGAUAUAGAAAUUUUAGACCUUUUAGAAGUUGUUAAAGGUCCUGAUUUCCCUACAAGCGGGAUCAUUCUAGGUGUUAAUGGUAUUAAAUCAGCCUAUUUAACAGGUAGGGGUAGCAUUGCUAUAAGAGGGCGAGCUGAGAUUGAAAAUUUAGGUAACGGACGUCAAGCAAUUAUUAUUACCGAAAUACCUUAUAUGGUCAAUAAAGCAAGGCUUGUUGAAAAGAUUGCUGAAAUCGUUAAAGAAAAGCGUAUCGAGGGUAUAAGCGAUUUACGUGAUGAGUCAAAUAAGAAAGGUAUAAGAAUUUAUAUUGAGCUAAAGAAAGAUAUUGUUGCUGAAGUAGUUUUAAACCAAAUAUAUUCCUGUACGCAACUUCAAACUAGCUUUGGCGUUAUAAUGCUUGCUCUAAAAGAUGGCUUGCCUAAGGGAAGUAGUUAUCACUACCGCACUAUAUAUUUACUUAAUAAAGCAAGAGAUAAAGCUCAUAUUUUACUGGGGCUAACUAUCGCUGUUAGCAAUAUCGACGAAAUAAUCCGUAUUAUAAAAGCUGCAAGCGAUCCGAAUGCUGCUAAGCAAGAAUUAAUGGCACGCAGUUGGGAUGCGUUAAAUAUUCUGCCGCUUGUGAAGUUAGUUGAUCAUAAGGCAAUGUUCAAUGAAGAGGGUAAAUGUAGCUUUACCGAAACCGAAGCAAAGGCAAUUUUAGAGAUGAGAUUGCAACGCUUAACCGCCAUGGAAAAGAAUAAGUUAGAGGAAGAUUUAAAGAACCUUGCCACUGAGAUUACUGAAUAUUUAAAUAUUUUAGGUUCACGUGAGAGGUUACUUGAAAUUUUAAAAGAAGAGUUAAUUAAGGUUAAAGAAGAGUUUGCAACUCCUCGUCUUACCUCGAUUGAAUUUGGUGAGUUUGACCAAGAUAUAGAAGAUUUAAUCCAGCGUGAAGAAAUGGUAGUAACUGUAACGCUGGGCGGUUAUAUAAAGCGUGUGCCUCUUAGUAGUUAUAGAGCUCAAAAACGAGGUGGUUAG